AUGGAUUACGCUGAACAGGACGCCCAAGAAUUUCUCAGAUAUCUUCUCGAAGGCCUCCAUGAAGAUGUGAAAAGGAUAACAGAAAGGUCUGACCUAAUCUUCACAGAAAUAGAUGAGAAACUUAGUGAUCAUGAGAAAGCCCAAGAGUCAUGGUCCAGAUAUUUGAGAAUAGAAUACUCGAUUAUUGUAGACAACUUUGUUGGUCAAUUGAAAUCAACUUUGAGUUGUUCUAUUGUGGACAUUGCUCUGCAAACUUCUUCGCGCAUAAACCCUACUUACAUCAUGCCAGACGCGAAUCCCAACUUUCCCAACACCGUCACCAACUCGAAAAACUCCCGCGAAACUUCCACCAGACAACUUCCUGCCGGUCGCAUCGCCGACAGGCACAUCCGAUCCCGCGUCUCGACGCCCGAGAAGUUCGCGUCGCGGCGCCCUCGGAGGCGUAGCGGGACGUCGUGGGAUCAGGCAGGAGUCGCGUCUCGCUCGCAGGACUUUGUCGUCGCAAGGGUCCGCAAGGUACUGCCGGCCGGGCUGAUUUUACGCGCAGAGCGCCAUUGGAGAGCAGGACGGGAGCGCGGGUAA